GAAAACAAUGACAAAGUAAAAAAUGGACACAACUGUGUUACAAAAUAUAAUAACACUUAUGUUUAUUAAGCACUUCGUAUUGCUAGCACAAUACUCAUGUAAUCCUCAUUCCUAACCCCAUAAGAUAAAUGGUGUCAUCUCCUCAAUUGUACAGAGAAAACUGAGGCACCAAGACGGGUGGAAGAAUUAUCCCAAGUUACUGUUCAACACAGUGGUUUAGAGAAGAGAUUUUAGAGUUCCUGGGGCUCCCCUGGAGUAAGUCAGUUUAAAUAUUGAGAAAAAGUAGGAGAGUAGUCUAAGGGUAAGGGGAUUGCAUCUGACUUUCUAGGCAAGAUUUUGAUUAAAAAGCAAAUCACUUUUCCCCCUUGGCAACUGGCAUUUUUAAAAUGACAUUUAUUGUAAAUUUAUGAUUGUGUGCUUUGGAGGGAAGAGUCCCAAAAAAGGACUGGAACUGGGUUAAGUGUUGAGAAUUGCACGUCUGAGGUGAUUGUCAGUGGAACUGAGGGAGUGUGCUAUGUGUCCUCUAGGCAACUUUCCCCCUCGCCUCGCAGAGGGAACGUUCUCCUUCCGCAUUGUGGCCUGGAGUCCAGCACUCCAGUGGGCAGAGUCCUUUACCUGUCGUCAUGGAGGGUCUUGGGGACAUGCCACUGGUCGUCCUUGUGACAGGUGCUGCCAAACCUGUGCAUAUAUAGGCUCCAUGGCAGUAAGUCAGGAAGUGAGAGGCAUGGGGGUACCAGCCUGGCUGUCAUCUGAGCAGGGGCUUGCAAACAUUGUUAGGAUUGACCUCUCCAGAAAAAAAGAAAAGAAAAGAAAAGCCUUCCUGCCUUGGGUGCCUAUAUCCUUCCUGAACUGCUGCUUGUGCAAGCAGAACUCCGUUUCUCCUCCCAUCCUGCCCCUCAGCUGCUGAGAGAGAGAGCUGCCCAGAGGCCUCCCACUGCAACCCUCUGCUGGUGAGUUCCUGGGAGGCAGUAGCCCACGGGCUGCAGGAGAUGGAGCAGCUCCCAGUCCUCCUCGAUUAGGGUAUGUCAGGGUUGUCAGGGCAACUGUUCACGGGGGCAGCGUGUUGUCUUUUCCCUUCUCUGCUGUGCCCUGGAAUAUUUUACUGUGCAGAGGAGGCAGAAGAUUGGGAACAGUGCUGCAGCAGGAAGGAGAAGCUGGGAUCUGAUUGCGCAGGUUAGGCAGUAGAGGGAGGCAUCUGAACCCGCCUGACGGUAAUCAUAGGGCUUUGCUGGAAGGGGUGUGUGUGUGUGUGCGUGCAUGCAAGUGUGAGUGAAUGUCCUUACCCGUGUGAGUACCUGGGGGGAGUACGUGGCCGGGGACAGCUGCUAGAUGAGGGGGAACAGCAGGGCCUCAGUUACCAAGUGGCUGGUAGUAUCUGUCAGCUGUUUGCAGUGUUUACCCAUAGGAGAUCUAUUACAAGUGCUCAAAUGAACCGGCAGCUUCCUGGGAGCUGCAAUUACAUAAGCAUAUAUUUUUAAUAUAAUAAUAAUUAAAAAACAAGUAGCAGCAGCAGUAUGCCUGGAUCAGCUACAGCUCUCCGACAAGAGAGACUGAAGAAGACCAAUGCAAGGCCAAUUCCCCUUGGUUUAUUCACCAUUAAUGAGGAAGAUGAACAGCCAAAGAAUGGAAAUUCCAGAAGACCAAAAGCGCCUGACAGCUGUAAAGUGCAAGAUAAGAAAACUGCCUCCAACCGUCCCUCCACUACAAUUUCAGGACAAAAUAGCAGCCACUCAGGAAAUAAACCAGACCCUCCACCUGUGCUACGGGUUGACGACCGGCAGCGGCUGGCCCGGGAGCGACGCGAGGAACGGGAGAAGCAGCUAGCUGCACGAGAAAUCGUCUGGCUGGAAAGAGAAGAGCGAGCCAGGCUGCACUAUGAGAAGCACCUGGAGGAGCGGAAGAAGAGGCUGGAGGAGCAGCGGCUGAAGGAGGAGCGGAGGAGGGCUGCGGUGGAGGAAAAGCGAAGGCAGAGGCUAGAGGAGGAUAAGGAACGCCUUGAAGCUGUUGUCCGGCGCACAAUGGAAAGGAGCCAGAAACCCAGACAGAAGUACAACCGAUGGUCCUGGGGAGGCCCUCUUCAUGGGAGCCCCAGAAUCCACAGCUCAGGUGGUUUUGUUGAGUCAUCAUUCACCUCUCUCGAUUUAGCAGGCCUGGACCACCACUUCACAAGCUUGGGUGGUACUAGAAAACCUGAUCCAGACAGGCGGUCAGUUUCCACCAUGAAUCUUUCGAAACAUGUUGAUCCCGUCAUUAGCAAGCGGCUCUCCUCCUCAUCUGCAACUUUGCUAAAUUCUCCAGAUAGAGCUCGCCGCCUGCAGCUCAGCCCCUGGGAGAGCAACGUUGUUAACAGACUCCUGACGCCCACACAUUCGUUCCUGGCUAGAAGUAAAAGCACAGCUGCCUUAUCUGGAGAUGCAGUUAUCCCCAUUUGUCCUCGUUCAGCAUCUUGCAGCCCCAUCAUCAUGCCCUACAAAGCUGCACACUCUAGAAAUCCAGUGGAUCGACCAAAAUUCUUUGUAACACCGCCCGAGGGCUCUGCGCGCAGGAGGACUGUUCAUGGCACCACGGGCCAUAAAAGAGACAGAGAAAAUGUACCCUUCCACCUGACAUCUGGUAUCCGAAGGACUCUAUCCCCAGCUAAUCCCAAGGCAAGAUCGCCAGCUUCUUCCCGACUCUGGCUCCCCUCCAAGUCCUUACCGCACCUCCCUGGCACACCCCGACCAGCGUUCUCCUUGCCUCCUGGCUCCGUCAAGGCUGCUCCUGCUCAGGCCCGGCCCCCAUCCCCUGGCAACAUCCGCCCUGGCAAGAGAGAAGCCAAAGGGGAACCUGAGAAGAAGGACCCCGAGAAGGACCCUCAGACCACUGCCAGUGAGCCCCCAUUAAAGGGCAGAGCUCCUCUAGUGAAGGUAGCAGAAGUCGCAGCCCAAGAGGUGACGCCUGUGGAGCCCGAAGCUGACACUGCUGCUCCAACGCAGGCUCCUGCUCCAGCUCCAGCCCCUGCUCCAGCUCCAGCCCCCACCUCACCGCCAGCCCCAGCUUCCGUCCCUGCCACACCAUCUGCUGUGCCGGCCACGGCUGCUCCUAAGGUCUCCGCAGGCACCACGGACCCUGAAGAGGCCACCCGGCUACUGGCUGAGAAGAGGCGGCUGGCCCGAGAGCAGAGAGAGAAGGAGGAAAGGGAGCGGAGGGAAAAGGAAGAGUUGGAAAGACAGAAGAAAGAGGAACUGGCGCAGAGGGUGGCGGAAGAGCGAGCCCGCUGGGAGGAGGAGGCCCGCAGGCUGGAGGCCGAGCAGGCCCGGAGGGAGCAGCAGCUGCGCCUGGAGCGCGAGCGCGCCGAGACGGAGCGCGCCCAGAAGCAGAAGGAAGAAGAGGCCCGGGUUCGUGAGGAAACGGAGAGGGUCCGGCAGGAACGCGAGAGACACUUCCAGAGAGAAGAGCAGGAGCGCCUGGAGCGGAAGAAGCGGCUUGAGGAGAUUAUGAAGAGAACCAGGAGGACAGAAGCUGCAGAUAAGAAAACCCUUGACCAGAGAAAUGGUGACAUAGCCAAAGGAGCUCUUGCUGGAGGAACAGAGGAAGCUGCACUUCCAUGUAUAACAAACUUACCAGCAAGUGGAGAACCAGCCACUAGCCCACAUGCCACCUCACACCAACCCAAAGUGACUAUGGAGAGUGCUCCAACUUUGGAAAGACAACCAAAUGAAAAUGGAGUAUCUCUGGAGAAUGAAAAUUUUGAAGAAAGUAUAACCUUACCCAUUGGAUCUAAGCCAUCCAGAUUAGAUGUCAUUAACAGGGAGAACCCAGAAAUUCCUUUGAAUCCAAUUUUGGCAUUCGAAGAGGAAGAGACACUUGGCCCCUUGCCUCAGGUAGAUGGUGUUCAAACACAGCAGACUGCAGAAGUUAUAUGAACAUUUCUUCUGAAGCACCAAAGCAGAAAUUGAGUCUCUAUGAUUAAUGGAAUUCCUUUCAUGCCUCCAAGGAGCAUCCAUCCCCUCCAGUUUUCUAAAGAUUGCUUGACCAUCAUUUUCAGGACUUUAAAACCAGCCGAUUACAACAGACUUUUUAGUAAUUUUCGCCAACAGAAAGAAAUAAAUGCUCCUUGUUCUGCAGUACUUUAAAAUGGCUUUUUCCAGUGUGUUCCUUCUUAGCAAACUGAUAUUUUUCUGCAUUCUUUAAAAGACAAGAGCAUUUGACUCUAAAAGAAAUGGGCUAAGCAUGAUUUUUCAGAGAUAUUUUGUUCUUAGAAGCUUAAUGUAUAAAAUUGGCAAAGAAAAGUUCCUUUUGCAAUACAAUACUUGAAAAAUAAGUACCUCUUUUCUCUACAAGUAGAGUGACUAGAGGAGGUGUUUAAAUUAAACCUGUUUGUUUAAACAUUGUUGCAAAAAGCUCUAUUUGUAGAGGCAAAUUAUAGGCAGACUCCCAGGUUCUUGUAAAUGCAACUUGCACUUGAACAUUCUGUGAACCCCACUGUCUGUCACGUUCUUUUUGAGCUCCUUUUACAGAAGCACCCUAACAGUUUUAAAAUGUGAAAAAGACGUUAUUUUUUCAAAGCAAGACCAUAACUUACUCACCUCUGACAUAAUGUAUUUAUAAGGUUUUUCCAAACCAAUCAAAUAAACUAGAGCAAUGUGACAACACUGCAGAUUUGCUUUCUGAGAGGCAUUUUACUUCUGACGUUGCUGUGCGAGGGUGUCACUGGUGAUUCAGGGCUACUGCUGACGUGUGUAUGUUGCUGCUGUCCCCAAGGCUGGUGGGGACUGAUCUUUGCCUUAUCUGAUCUCAAAUUGUACAGGGCAGUGGGUGGGUGGGGGUUCCUGUUUCUUUAAGUAAAAAAAGAAUUUGAUUUUGCUCGUUUCAGAGCAACGAAAACGUGAUAGAAGGUGGACCGCGCAGCAUACUGGCCAGGGCCUCCGCUGGACCGUCCUCCCGCUGCGUGGCCGCCCACUUCUCACUUCUCACUUCUCAUCAUUAUUCUUCACUUUGCUGCUGAGCCUAGCUGUACAAACGUGCACUUUCAUUCACUAAUAUAAACUCCAUUUUAUUUUCCCAUUUAAGAGACAACUAAUGACUAAGUGUAGAAAGAGAGGGAACUCUGAGGGAAUCCAUGUCUUUAUGUGGAAUGUUUGAAAAAAAGAUAAACUUAUACCAGUCUAAUGUGUUAUUUUGUUAAAGGAAGGAUUAGUUCAGCUCCUGGAUUGAAUGAGAGAAUAUUCAUCUCUUGGACUGUUUCUUUUAAAUCCAAGAAUAUGAUCUUUAGCAACAGCUUUGUCAAAACAUUAACUUGGGUUUUUUCUUAUUUCAGUUGUCUGUGUACACAUAGUCAUUGUAUUAAAAACUCUGUUCAACAAAGUUGUUUUAUUUGUUUAAAUCAACCUAGCAUGAAACACCAAAUAAAAUAUUUGCCAUAGUUUUA